ACUGGCGUGGAAUUAGAACUUAUGGAUUCCAUGCCAUUAUUAGAAUGGCUAGCGAACAAUUACAAAUCGUAUGGUGCAGCUUUGGAAAUUGUUACAGACCGAUCGCAAGAAGGAGCACAAUUUGUGCGAGGCUUUGGUGGUAUUGGAGGUCUUUUGCGUUAUCGCGUAGAUUUCCAACUGAAUGAUCUCAAUGACGAUAUCGAAGAUAUCAAUCUUGAUGACUAUUGA